GAUGAGCAAUGUUUUGAUCGGUGCAAAGUCGAGUGAUUUUCUACUUCGUGAAAAAGUUUUCCAAUCGAUUUUUCACAUCAACAGGAAGGCGUCGCCAUUCCGGGAUGUCCUUGGUAAGACUGUGCGGCUCGGUUGGAGCCCAGUGGAUGCUGCUGCCCAAGACUGGAACUACCGCUAGCAGGGCAAUAUUGUCGAGAAGUCUAUUCUCAGGAAUCGGCCAAGGUACGCUACGGAUCACUGGGAGCAAUGCUCCGGUGCUAAUUGUUCGUACCGGUACGGAUCGGAACGAUCGGCGCAACGGGAAUGAGUGGAGGAGAGGCUAUAAAAAUUUUGGCCACCAGCCAGAACGGGAGCCCCUGGCUACCAAAAUUUUCUGCGCGUUCCUGGGUGCGAUAAUAUUGGGGACCUGUAUCGAUUGGAAGAAACUUGGGAAAGCGAUUGGCUUGCCAAGGGUAGAUGCCGAUGCGGGAGUGAAUGUGGAGAUGAGUAAUUCGAAUGCGGAACAAAUAGAAAGCGGCGAUGAUUCCGACGGUGAAGACGAGGACGACCAAGGCAAAAAGAAGCCCCGUAAGGAAAAGAUAGGUUUCCGGGAUCGCAAGAUAAUCGAGUACGAAAAUCGCAUGCGAACCUUCUCGACGCCGGACAAGAUAUUUCGCUAUUUCGCUACCGUAAAGGUCAUACACGGUGACACAUCUACGGUCUAUAUGACACCGUUCGAUUUCCUGCGAGCCAUCACACCGGGACUGAAACAGCCGGAUGGUCUUGGAUUGGAUCAAUACAAGCGAUACGACGCCAGGAGCGUGUCAACCCGGCUCGAUUUACACCUGGACAAGGACAGCAUUUUCUACAAGCUCGGAGCGUACGGACUGAUUUCCUUUUCCGAUUACAUUUUCCUGCUGACGGUGCUAUCAACUUCCCGUCGGCAUUUCGAAAUUGCAUUCCGCAUGUUUGACCUGAACGGUGAUGGCGAUGUGGACAGCGAAGAGUUCGAAAAGGUUGCCAAUCUGAUUCGUCAGCAAACCAGCAUCGGGAACCGGCACCGGGAUCACGCCAACACCGGAAACACCUUCAAGGGAGUAAAUUCAGCGCUUACGACCUACUUCUUUGGUCAAAAGAACGAUGAAAAGCUGACUAUCGAGAAGUUUUUGGACUUCCAACAGCAGCUGCAGCGGGAGAUUCUUACCCUGGAAUUUAUGCGUAAGAAUCCGGACGAAAAUGGUAACAUAAGUGAAGCGGAUUUCACUGAACUGAUGCUUGCUUACGCUGGUUAUACACAGAAGAAGAAGGUCAAGAAGAUCAAGCGCGUCAAGAAGAGGUUCCGUGAUCACGGUGAAGGUGUGUCGAAGGAAGAUUACCUUAAUUUCUUCCAUUUUCUGAAUAACAUCAACGACGUCGAUACCGCUCUAACGUUCUACCACAUUGCCGGUGCGUCCAUUGAUCAGGCCACUCUGAAACACGUAGCCAAAACGGUAGCAAUGGUAGAGCUGACCGAUCACGUCAUUGACGUUGUAUUCACCAUCUUCGACGAAAACAUGGACGGUCAGUUGAGCAACCGGGAGUUUGUAGCAGUAAUGAAAAACCGUUUACUGCGUGGUUUGGAGAAGCCAAAGGACACCGGGUUCGUCAAGUUGAUGCAUUCGAUUCUCAAGUGUGCCAAAGACACUAAACCUGUGCUGUUGGACUUGUAAGUAUGCAAGUACGGAAGGGGAAGUUGGUGGUUCUAUGUCUGCGGUGGUGAAUUCGUCCCUUGGCUCAGCUAGCGUCUCUAAUCGAAGAAGGGAAAUGUGUGCCAAGCACCAAACCCGACGUGGAAUGUUUGUUCAUAUUCAAUUACAAAGAAAUUGCACAAUCUACGCUUUUGUACCUAAUGUUUAAUGAUCCUGAUUUCUUCCGCCAUUUAUUAGAUGUUAAUAGCGUCUGUAGACGAUAUCGUUUUGUCUCAGCUUUUCCAACUAGGAUAACUAUCGCUCUCUUGAUCAUUAUCCGGCUCAUGUUACCAUGCAAUCUUUGUCUUGUAAAUUUGUAUUAAAUGUUUGUUUU